AUGGAUCAAUCCCCCGCCGUGCGUUCUGAAUAUCUGGUCUCAGGGAUCCGAACUCCUCCUGUCCGAAGGAAUAGCAAGCUAGCCACGUUGGGCAGGAUUUUCAAACCAUGGAAGUGGAGGAAAAAGAAGAACGAGAAACUGAAGCAGUCGUCUACAGUGUUAGAGAAGAAGACGUCCACAAGGCAAAGCCGGGACGAGCUAAUUAAGAAAGGCCUCCUGGAAAUUAUGGAACAAGAUUCUGAAGGGAAAACAUGCACUGCUGAUGGUGCCACCAGAACAAUGCUGAGUGACCCCUCAUCCCCCCCAUGCCAGGCAUUCACCUCAGAAGAGAUGCAACAGGAACAUAGAUCAGCCACCACCAAGGCCGCCUCACUUGGCGAGGAGCUGCACUCAGAAGAACUGAGAGAAGAUCCAGCCAAGAAGACAUCAGCAUCCACAGAUGAACAGGAAAAUGCCAGCCUGCCAACCUCUGAAGAGACCCCACAAGCCUUACUACUUUUGGGAUCCAUCGAGUCCCCCCAGAAACAGAUGGAAAGGAACGCAGCCCAGGUCCCUCUCCCUCCUUCCUCACUUCCAGUUCCACCACCCAAGAUUGCACCCAAAGUCUCGAAGAUUGUACCAGCUGCAGGAAGUGAAGCUGAUGAGACAGCCUUGAAAUCUCCCCCAUCCACUAUCUUGAAAAAUUACGUAAUUGUUGGCUCCUCCCAACACUCAGGACAAGCUGUUCCCUUCCAGUCCUCAGGACCGAAAGUCUCCGAUCCCCACCUCAGAGGGCAGCAUACGACGCCGGCUGGAUCGCCUCACCUGGCUGCUGUCCACCUACCAUUACCUCCUAGUCGAGUCAUCGAGGAACUUCACAGAGCCUUGGCCACGAAACAUCGGCAGGAUAGUGGUGGGUCCCGGAUCCUGGUCCUGGGGCCUGGUGUCCACCACAUGAAUGCACACAGUGUGCACGCACACACCUUCAGCAUGCCCAUGCGCCCUUACCUCCUGCAAUGCUCGGCGAUGCCUCUGCGACACUUCAGCUGCUCAGUGGAGCAUCACACAGGUACGUUGCCAAGAAAAUGCAAGAAAGAGCUUCUGGCAGUGAAGCUGCGGAAUAGGCCAACCAAACAGGAGUUGGAAGAUAGGAACAUUUUCCCAAGAAGGACUGACGAAGAGAGGCAGGAGAUCCGGCAACAAAUAGAAAUGAAGUUAUCCAAACGAUUGAGCCAAAGACCAGCUGUUGAGGAGCUCGAGAGACGAAAUAUCUUGAAACAAAGGAAUGAUCAAACAGAACAAGAGGAAAGGAGAGAGAUCAAGCAGAGGCUGACGAGAAAGCUUAAUCAACGACCUACGGUUGAUGAAUUAAGAGACAGAAAAAUCCUCAUCCGAUUCAGCGAUUAUGUGGAGGUGGCAAAAGCACAGGAUUACGAUCGACGAGCAGACAAGCCAUGGACCAGGCUAUCAGCAGCAGACAAGGCAGCCAUUCGUAAAGAGCUAAAUGAAUACAAAAGUAAUGAAAUGGAGGUGCAUGCAUCGAGCAAGCAUUUGACAAGGAAAACAUGA